AUGAAGCAGGUAACCGGGAGCGAAUUCUUGACGUUCUCGCUGACACGGGCAGAAACCUCGCAGGGAAGCUUCGCGUCGUGGAGUGGAGAAUACAGUGAUGAUGAUCGAGUGGGAAUCAAUCGGCAGCUAGCCUCGAGUCUGAAUCUGAAGGAGCAAGAAGAGGUCGUCUUCACACCCGUGCCGAAUCUCGUCAAGUCGUUCCAAGUUACGUUGGAGCCGGCAUCUGCAGACGAUUGGGAAGUUUUGGAGAUGAAUGUCAGCAAGGUGGAGAACGGACUCUUGGAUCAAAUAAGAGUUUUCUGGAAAGAUCUCUUGUUCCCGUUUGCUGUACAUCCCGGCUUCUCCAUAUCCCUGCGGGUCGUCUCUGCGCAACCGGGGUUCACCCCUCUGGAGUUGUGUCGCACGACGGAAGUGCAUAUCGUGCCCCGAGAACGAGUGAGGAAACCGAAAUCAAUUCCGGCUUCAACAAUGGAGGCGACGAAAGCCGACGGUGUGCUACCAUUCACUCCCCUCAGCGAAUCGGAAACGGACCCUUCUAGAGUGCAUCUCAAAGCUCGUCUCCAUGGAACUAUCGAAGCUCCACAGACCGAGCUUUUGCUUCUGACCAACUCUGUCGAGGGAGAUUUCGUGGCUCUAGUCCGCAGACAGUGCCUGCUCUCAGAUUCGGAGAAUCGGAGACCUGACAAAAGAAACGAUGCCAUCCUACCGGACGGCUGUUACCCUCUGAGAGGAAGCACGGUCUGCCGCGUCCGAGUGCACCUGAACGCCUGGAACAAUGAAAAUAUGCUCUAUAGUCCUCUCGCGCUCAGGAAGCGUCUCGGCUUGGAAGAUUGUUGCGUUGUUCAGCUAGAAGUGCUCAAGGAAAAAUUCGAACCCAUAUCGAAGUUGAUUGUGUGCCCGAUUCUGAAUAAGAUUUCUUGUCCGAAGUCGGAGGCUGGUCUGCAGGAGAGUCUCCGAGAUGAGGCCUCGCGGAAUGGCCCUCUUCUGGUGACAGCUGGCACUUACCUUGAAUUGCGAGACAGCGGCGUCAUCCUGAAUGUCGAAAAGACAGGAUGGCUACAGGGAAACUGUAAGGUCUCCGUUUCGUUGGGACGAGAACUGGAGCCCCACAGCGUGGCCGAAUCGCCGUUCCCUGUUCCAGUGGGAGAUGCCGCUGAGCUCGUUUCUCCGGCAGCGGGGCUACACCAGAUAGGGGGCUACGAGAGUAUCGUGACGACGCUCACUCGUGGCAUCAAGAACGGACUCGGCUCGAGAUACAAUUUGCGUCUAUCGAUGCUUAUACUGGGGUCCGAAGGCGUCGGUAAGACCUACAUCACGGAAACUAUCCUCUCCCACCUGAAACAUCAAAGGUCGAUCUACUGGAGAACUAUUCCUUGUUCGAGUCAACGAGGAAAACGCACGGAAACUCUAGCUAAAGAAUGGUGGAACGCUCUAGUCGAAAUCAAGGCUAGAGCCCCCGCCGUGAUAUUUUUUGAUGAUUUGGACGCAAUUUGCGGUGUUCCCUCUGGUCAGGACGGUGGCAACGGGCCGGAUAGUCAAUAUAUAGCGAGGAAUUCCCGCGCUUUCUCUGAAUUCGUAGAAAAGGCCAGGUUCUCAUCGGAAAGAAUUUGCAUUCUCGCAAGCGCAAAAUCGUACACUGGCUUGAGCGGCAUCUUGACGAAAACAUCCGGUUCGAAAUUAUUCGACGAAGUCAUUGAGCUCAAACCGCCCACGGCCGAAGAGCGAUCGCAAAUAUUCAAGGUGUUACUCGGGAACAAAGGCGUUCAGUGUGCAGACGCCAGCGAGAUCGGUCGUCGCUUGGAUGGCUUCGUCGCACGGGACGUCUUGGCUCUCUCUGUGACAUUGAGCGGCAUGAUGACGAACGAGGGUCUGACCGGAUUGACUGACGAGAUUCUGGACAGAGCGAUCAAAUCCACGGAGCCCAUCGCCCUGCGCGGUUUGAAACUGGCGGAAAAAUCAGAAACACCUCCCGAUUGGGACAGCGUCGGAGGAUUGAGCUCUCAGAAGAAGAUUCUUCGCGAAACCUUCUUGUGGCCGACCUUGUAUCCUCAACUGAUGAAGCAGUGCCCAAUACGAUUGGUGUCAGGCAUUCUAUUGUACGGGAUGCCUGGUACGGGAAAAACUCGUUUGGCAUCCUGCCUGGCGGGAGAGCACAGGAUCAACUUCAUUUCGGUCAAAGGGCCGGAACUCUUGUCGAAAUACGUCGGAGCGAGUGAAAUGGCGGUCAGGGACUUGUUCCAGAGAGCGAAAAGUGCCGCUCCAUGCGUGAUUUUCUUCGAUGAGUUUGACUCGAUGGCACCGCGUCGAGGCCACGACUCGACCGGAGUGACAGAUCGAUGCGUCAAUCAACUCCUUACGCUGCUCGAUGGUGUCGAAACGGAAGGGGGAGUCGCUGUGUUGGCGGCCACCAGCAGGCCUGAGCUCAUAGAUCCUGCGCUACUACGACCCGGGAGGUUCGAUCGUUGCAUCGAAUGUCCGCUGCCCGGUUCUGCGGACGAGCGGAAGGCCAUUCUGACCGCUUUGUCGAAGUCGCUUCCUCUAGACGACAGCUGCGAAUUCGAUGAAAUCGCUGAGGGAACCGUCAACUUCUCAGGCGCGGAUCUACAAGCCCUCCUGUUCAACGCUCAGUUGGCAGCGGCGCAAGAAAUUACGAGAAGCGUUUGCGGUGGCGAUUCAGAUGCGGCUCUCUCGACCAGGGGAGAAGAACUGGAUUUCACGGGCAAAUACCUGUCACCGUCGUUGGACAAGCCACAGACGGAAAUGACGCGUUCAAUGUUCGAAUCUCUGCCAGAUCAGGAUCGGCUCGAGAUGAAAGGACUCUUCCGAACGACGGAAGGACGCACCGGUGGAACGGAAGUUCAAAUAAAGCUACGCACAGACCACUUGCGGUUAGCUCUGAAAGACACACACCCGUCCUUGAGCGAGAGAGAGAUACAGAAAUUCCGUGCAAUGUAA